CACAUCAAGCAAAUUACUUUGUUCUUUUAGAACACUGGGAGGAAAACAUACUUCUACAUCCGCUUCCCCUUGGUCACUGAUUAAACUUUCAAUUUUACUUGGAUUCUAUCCUUUUUCCACUUCAUCUACUACUUCACGAUGAAAACAUUCAAGCUCUCAAUACUUGGUAUUUUCACCAUUGCAAGCUUUGUAGCUGCUCAGCUGGAGACGCCUGAGGAUUUUUGCAAGAGAACCGCGGGACCAACUUACGUCCCUAAAAAGGAUGCAAAUGGUAUCUUCCAGGGCCAAUGCGAAACAGCAGCUAUAAGCAUUUGUCUUGGAACAGAAUAUGCACAAUCUCAGACUGGCGCUACAACCUGCUGUCUGCCACCAAACACAGUCCAGUCUGCUAGUGGGAAGCAAGGUUGUUGCCCACCAGGCCAGAAUUUCAAAUGGGAUGGCACGUCCCCUUCCUGCGUCACACCACCGCCACCUGCUCCCGCUAUAUCUUGCCCAGCUUCCAACAUGCAAGUUGUAAAUCGCAAUGGGCAAGACUUCAGAAUCUACUGCCAGCGUUCAGUAAUGGUAUACACACAUCCUUGGUUAACCACCACUUCGCAUGGAAUAUACCGAGCCAUCCAGGGCCCUGAGCUGAUGACGAAUGAUUUCGAAACUUGCCUAAGAUUUUGCGCGGCGAAUGGGAAGUCUAAUGGCGCCAAUUUCUGGCCUGCACAAGGAUUGUGCUCUGUGGUUGACACGCCGCCUGGGAAUUUCUUUAAAGUGGGAAGUCGUUAUGAUGUACCACCUCCUCCAUACAAUGGACCACAGAUUAUCUCCAUGGUAGCGAUACCCAAGCGUGCUUAUUAGACUAAGCUUGUUGGAAACUUGGGGCUGAGGAAUUGGGUUCGAGAGUUAGGACAAUAUGGACAGACUAUAGCUAGUUCACAAAUUAUACUUCCAUUUGUUAUUAUUGUGUCUGCAUGGGGUAGAGGAAGGAUCGUAACUUGAUAGUGAGGCUUCGGUAUGGUAGAUUAACUUGACAGCAUGAUCAUCUUACAAUUCAACGUGGUUCAAGCCUUGA